CGCAGCACACAUUACCAUUGGAUCUUGUAUCAUAGGGUUCAUAGAAUUUUAUGAAUAAAUCUCUAUCAAAAUAACAAAAUAUAAACUUAUAAUUAUUCGUUUUUUUAUUCCCCGAGUCGAAAGGCCUGAUUUCUUGUUCUUCUCUCUCACACAUUUCAGGACGAGGAGCUCUCACAGAUUACUCUCUCUCUCUCUCUACGGUGGUGAAUAACUGAAUGAUUAAGUGGGCACUCUCUCUUUUUCUUCACUGCGAAAGCAAGCUCUCAAAGUUGUGAUCUUUAACACUGUAAGAAAUCGUUCGACUGUUAAUGGAGUUGGCAAUGAUAAAUAUUAGCAUUGCUAAUGGAGGGAGCCAUGUGUUGAAGCUUGGGGAUGAGUAAUGGGUUCGUGGUACAACCCAGUCUGUUUAAAAAGUCUGUUCUCUUUUGAUGGCCUCAGAACCUGGUAUGCGAGUUUCCGCUGAGAAGCAGAGGAAACCCAUUGGUCAUCAAAAAUCAGAAUGUGAUUUUCUCAAACCUUCACCUUUGGAAAACAACUCUGAGCUGGUUAAUCCAAGAAAGUUACCCAAGUGUGGCCAGCAGGUUGCAUCAGGACAGGCUUCUGUUGCAAUCAAGGAUGAAAAACCCCUGAAUUCUUAUAAAACAGAUUCUGUUAAUUCUUUAGGUGAUAAGCUGGAUUCUGGAUUAUCCUUGGGUGAUUCAAAACAAGUGACAACUUAUGUUGGCCCUGAAGUGAGUGAGACCAAGGGCUCGUUAGAAGCUGAUGAUGAACAAGAGAAGAAAACAUCAGAGCAUGGAGUUGUCACUGCUUCUGCAAAAGUCAGUGAUGGGACAGGCAGUCUUGCUAAGAAAAGUGGAAGCGCCAAGACUAGUGUUCGAGCUGAUUGUGUUGAGAGUGGGAAGAGCAGUAUGUGUAAAGGUAGUACAAGCAGUGAUGUGAGCGAUGAAAGUACUUGUAGUAGCUUAAGUAGCAGUGUCAAUAAACCUCACAAAGCAAAUGAUGUAAGAUGGGAAGCAAUACAAGCUGUCCGAGCAAAAGAAGGCAUCUUGGGUGUGGGCCAUUUUAAACUUCUUAAGAAGUUGGGCUGUGGAGAUAUCGGAAGCGUCUAUCUUUCUGAGUUAAGUGGAACAAAGUGCCAUUUUGCAAUGAAAGUGAUGGACAAAACAUCUCUAACAAAACGUAAGAAAUUACCCCGAGCUCAAACAGAGAGAGAAAUAUUACAAUCUCUGGACCACCCCUUCCUUCCAACUUUAUACACCCAUUUUGAGACUGAAAAGUUCUCAUGUUUGGUGAUGGAGUUCUGCCCUGGAGGCGACCUGCACACACUUCGACAGAGGCAACCUGGGAAACGUUUUUCUGAGCAAGCAGUAAAAUUUUAUGUAGCAGAGGUUCUCCUUGCUUUGGAAUACCUCCAUAUGCUUGGAAUUGUUUACCGGGACCUUAAGCCCGAAAAUGUUCUUGUAAGGGAAGAUGGGCAUAUAAUGCUCUCUGACUUUGAUCUUUCCCUUCGUUGUGCUGUCAGCCCAACAUUAGUCAAGUCAUCAACGAUCGGGUCUGAAUCCCUGAAAAAGAGUACGGUUUAUUGUGUUCAACCUGCCUGCAUUGAGCCCUCAUGUAUCCAACCAUCAUGUAUUGCCCCUACAACUUGUUUUUCUCCUCUAUUCUUUUCAAAACCCAAGAAAGUUCAGAAGCCAAAGAAUGAAACUGGGAACCAAGUUACUCCACUGCCAGAACUUGUUGCUGAGCCAACCAAUGCUCGCUCCAUGUCGUUUGUGGGAACUCAUGAGUACCUGGCUCCAGAAAUCAUCAAAGGUGAAGGCCAUGGCAGUGCCGUUGAUUGGUGGACUUUUGGGAUCUUUCUGUAUGAGCUAUUAUUUGGUAAAACUCCCUUCAAGGGCUCUGAUAACAAGGCUACCCUUUUCAAUGUUAUCGGUCAACCAUUGCGAUUCCCUGAUGCACCAGUUGUAAAUUUUUCGGUUAAGGAUUUGAUAAGAGGCUUGCUGGUGAAAGAGCCACAGCAUAGGUUGGCAUAUAAGCGAGGAGCAACCGAGAUCAAACAACAUCCCUUCUUUCAAGGGGUAAAUUGGGCUUUGAUUCGUUGUGCAAGCCCCCCGGAGAUCCCAAGGCAAGUUGAAAUUGUGAAGAUUCAAGCUCCGGCGUUGCCAACAACCGAUGAAACUGCCAAAGCUCCCAUUGCCACUGCAAUCUCUGAUCCAAGUAAGUAUUUGGAAUUUGAUUUCUUUUAAUUUGGUUUUUUUUCUCUCCAGGAAAAAGUGUAGAGUACCAAAAUUUCUAUGGUGUGAAAAUUAGUAUCUUAUGCUGUAAUGAUCAAAUAUAUGUUGUAAACAUAUUCUGUUUGAAUGUCAAUGGUCUCAAUGUUUCAAGUUCA